AAAAAACGAGGAGGAGAAAGGAGACACGAAGCCGGAAUUAAAGAAAGUCAACAGUAAGCAAAAGGUUUCGUGUUUUCUUAACUGGGAUUUGAAGAGAGAAUGGCAAUGGAAUACGAGAGCCACAAUUGGGUUUGGGAUGUGUUGUAUUACUGCCCACGUCUGUUCAGUGGCUUAAUGCUAACGGCUGCCUUGCUUGGUUUGUCCACCACUUAUUUCGGAGGAAUUGGACUUUUCCCAUUGUCAUAUGUUUGGUCAGAUUCAGGGGUCUUCCACAAGAACAAGUGUGAGAAGAAGCACAUUCGGGUUUACAUGGAUGGCUGUUUUGAUCUCAUGCAUUAUGGCCAUGCUAACGCGUUGAGGCAAGCAAAGGCUUUGGGAGAUGAGUUGGUGGUAGGUGUUGUAAGUGAUGAGGAGAUUAUUGCUAAUAAAGGCCCUCCUGUUCUGCCCAUGGACGAGAGGCUGGCACUUGUCAGUGGAUUAAAGUGGGUGGAUCAAGUAAUAGCAAAUGCUCCUUAUGCAAUUACUGAACAAUUCAUGAACAGUUUGUUCAACGAGCAUAAGAUUGACUAUAUAAUACAUGGUGAUGAUCCUUGCCUCCUCCCGGAUGGAUCUGAUGCUUAUGCCUUGGCAAAGAAAGCUGGCCGCUACAAGCAGAUUAAGCGCACUGAAGGUGUCUCCAGCACUGAUAUUGUUGGAAGAAUACUUUCUUCUCUAAAGGAUACUGAAGAAGGUGGACAUACCACUAGCACACUUUCAAAUGGAGAUUUAGGUGAAAGACAUCGGUCACAAAGGGGUCAGAUUUCCCAAUUCCUACUAACAUCUCAGCGGAUUGUUCAAUUUUCAAAUGGCAAGGGACCUGGACCAAAUGCUCGCGUUGUAUACAUUGACGGGGCAUUUGAUCUCUUUCAUGCUGGGCACGUGGAGAUCCUAAAGAAGGCAAAACAGCUUGGAGACUUUUUGCUUGUUGGUAUCCAUACUGACCACAUUGUGAGAGAGCACAGGGGGAUGCCCUACCCAGUUAUGCACGUUUACGAGCGCAGUCUUAGUGUGCUAGCUUGCCGUUUUGUUGAUGAAGUUAUCAUUGGUGCACCUUGGGAGAUUACGAAGGACAUGAUUACAACCUUCAACAUUUCUAUUGUUGUGCAUGGGACAGUUGCUGAGAGUAACACUUUGUUGCCUGGUGAAACUGAUCCUUAUUCAGUUCCGAAGAGAAUGGAUAUUUUUCGUUUUCUCGAAAGCCCUAAAAGUUUAACCACAAGUUGCGUAGCCGAAAGGAUAGUUACCAAUCAUGAGGCUUACAUGAAACGCAAUGCCAAAAAGGCCGAGAGAGAGAAGCAAUACUAUGAAGAAUCUUCCGAACCUUCUCUUAUUUGUAUUAUUUUUGUAACUUAUUUUUGUUUUUUUCCCAGUUUUAUGAGAUUUUAAACAAACUUUGGAUACUAUAUGCUAAUUUGCUUGUAAAGGUGUGGAGUUCUAAGGAGAGAACAUUAAAAUUACCACUGUGGUUAA